CACGCGGCAGUUUUGACGCAUGACUAAAUUUCUUCAGUUCAGCUCUGGGAAUUGUUGCGCGUGUGGAGGUCCACUGUCCCUUUUAGUUGAAUUACAGUGGCAAGUAGUUCGUUGGGGGAAACAAUAAAAACGAUAUACGGUAAAAGUUCUAUAACAUUUUGGGAGAACGGUUAAUUUUGUAUUUGGAUUUUUUUUAAACACGGCGGCCAAGCUUGAGAUAAGGAAGGGGAAAGGGAAAUGUUGUCCGACGUUUUGGAUUUGAUUGUUUGAAUCUAUUAAUUAAUUUAACAACUGUUGCAAGCAAGGGAAUUGCACGGGAAGGACCAAUCCUGGGAGAUGUAGUGUGAAUGAACACCUUGGCCGUCUACCAACUCAUCGCGGUGGUCGUCCUUGGUCAUUUGAUUACACAGCUGUUGUUUUGACUUUUUUCGAAAUGCUGCGGGAUCUAAGAUCAUCGUGGAGAAUCUAGGCGCGGCUGGCUUUGAGCAUCACGUGUCUGUUUCUCGGAUGCCCAGAACCGGGGCUGCGCGAGCCGGAGGUGCCGGAGACGCGACAUGGGACGAUUCAAAUACUGAUAGAGAGUGUUGAUGGAGAGGCCUUCGAAUGUCAGCCGGGACAGUGGUUACCGCAGGUGGACUUCUAGCGGCAGUGAUCUUACUGACGAUUGUAGCAGUACUGUGUUACUGUCGGUUACAGUAUUAUUGCUGUAAGAGGGAGGAGGAAGCGAAGGAGGAGGAGGAGGAACCGGAGAACACCACCGUGUCCUCCUACGGGCGCUGUCCGACUCCCGAGCGCCUGGCGGAGCCCGACAUGACGUCCAUAUUCCCCACGGAGGUCGACGUCAACGGGCCGGCCGUCUACACCCCGCCCCUGACCCGUAAGCCCCCCCGGUCCCACUCCUUCUGCCCCUCCUGCACACGCUACUCCCUGCCCUUCUACCUCCAGCACCCGGAGAGGCUCCGCAACGGAGGCGGCCGGAUCAGCUACAGGACUGUGCAGCAGCAGGAGCUGGACCUCCCUAUGGACCUGGCCAGCCUCCACCACAAGCUCAACCUCAUCCGCUCUUACACCAUGCGGGAGGUGGUCACCCACAGCGUCAGCACCGACGUGUAGCGCAGCCGGCGCCCCCCGCUGGCCCGGUGGACCAAACCGACGUGAGGGUUUUCAAACACGUACAGGAAUUGCCUUGUCUAGGUAUAUUACGGGGGGGGGGGGGGGGGGGUUAUAUAUUUUUUCCACUCCACCAUUCGGAUGGAUUCGCUCACUUGCUCACACAGUGUGGAGAGUUUUGGUCUCACGUGAGGAAAUGUUGUGCUGUUGUAUCAUUCACUGCUCCCGCAUACACCUUUUUAUCUCUCACUAUGUGUUUGUAGCACUUUACAUGUUAAUGUGGAUUUUGCUCAUUUGUCUGUCAGGACCAAUGCUUCUUUCUGCCAUGAAUACUAUAUGGGCAUUCACUUCAUGUUAUUUCAGAUGAAGGCAAGGACAUGUUGUCUGUUUGUUUGAGCACACAAGCUGUGGCCUGUGUUUUAAUGAAUCCUUUUAGGAAAAUAAUUUGAAAAGGGCUUAUUUUUGGCAUAAAACAUGAAGGGGAUCGAAGUGAAUGUUACGGUAGAAUUUCGAGGAAACAUCUGCUCAGAGAAAUACAUGUCUGCACCCAAUGAUAUGUUAUGUGGUCUCGAUAAGAAUUGUAAUUCAAAGAAUUACACAAUUAUUCUGUAUUUCAUUCAUAAGCUGCUAAAUGCGUCAAAUAUUAUUUUAGUCGUUAUUAACAGAAAUAUGUGGGAAAUUAAAUAUUAUUUCCUGUUACUGUUUCAGUUUGUGUGAGAGGAACAUGUAAAAGCUAAUUACCUAACUUCAAGACUCCAAUUUCUGUGUCGUUAUAGUGUCAUGUAAUGAAUUAAGUAGAAUUUAUUUAUCUGAAUUUAAAUUCCCACAUACAUAGGCUAACUAGGUCAGACACAUUUAUUCAAAAUACAAUUUUUUACGUUUCAUCACGUUUGUUUUAAUGGUGUCCAUUUGUCUGGUAUUUUAAUGGUGAUAAUGAGAGGAAACAAUGCUUCAGAAGCCAGCAGAUGGCAUCAUCACAUCCUGUUCCAGUCAUCAGCUGUCAUGAAAGCCAUUCAAAUGGCUGGUCCAAAUGUGGAAACAAGCCUUUCGAAUUGUUUAAUUGCAGUGUUACCCAACAAUAAACUGAUUUAAAA